CACUGCUCGAGUGUGACUGUCGGACAUCUCGCAGACUCGUUACCUGAAGAUACCGUGCCCUUGCGCUCAUCCGCUCCGCACGACGUGCUCAUUGAAACCGAUCAUGGCUGCUCCUGAUUUCAAUCCUACGGUAUCCGCCCGUAGUUGGCGUAAAUACCACGCCCAGACUGCCCAGAGCCACCUUCAGGAAGAACUCUUGGCCAACACAGAGCGCAUUACAGUUCAGACGAAGUACGGUCCAAUCAUCGGUGGUCGUGCAAGCACCGGUGCUGUGGCAUUCCUGGAGGUGCCCUACGCCUUACCUCCUGUGCGCUUCGAAAAUCCCCGGCCAUUGCAGGACAAUUAUCGCUACGAAAACAAGGAGUACAUAUAUGAAGCCAGCUAUUGUGCCCAACCUAGAAAUGACCAGCUUAUUGCGGGGACACCAUAUGAGAACAUAGUUGGCCUGGGCAUGCCCACCGAGAACCCCUUGUUCGUCAACAUCGUAUGUCCACCUGAUUUCUCGCCAGGCUCAGACCGCAAGUAUCCCGUCAGAAUAUACAUCCACGGCGGCUUCCUGCAGAUCGGCUCUCCGCACGAGAUCAACUCACAGGCGCAGCAUAUCGCUGCCGCACGAUCGGAGGUGUGGGUCAACAUAGGCUAUCGUGUCUCAGUCUUCGGCUUCCUCGCUUGUGGUGAAUGGCCAAAGGUGGAGGGCAAUUACGGAUUCAAGGAUCAAUGGCUCGGGCUCCUGUGGGUUCGAGACAACAUUGACAAGUUCGGAGGUGAUCCUACGGACAUCCAGCUCACGGGGCUGUCCGCGGGUGGGCACUCGGUGCACCAGAUUUUGCACCACGCUUCCCGUCUUCCUGAAGGCGAACAAGCGCCUUUUCAAUCCGUCAUCAUACAAUCAAAUGGGAUGAUGAACAGCCCUAAGUCACGCACCGAGCUACGUCCGCAAUUCGAGGCAUUCUGCGCCGCGGUCGGCCUAAAGCCGUACACAUCCUCCAUCAUUCUCCAGCUGAGGGACACCGAGGCGCUGCCCACAAGCAAGAUCACUAGUGUCAUCGAGAACGGUCAGGUAGGCCCCGAGUUCGACACUUUCCGGGCCACGACCGACGGUGUCUGGCUCAGGAGCGAUCCCGACCCGAUGACCUGGCAACGCUCCGGCGGCCUCGCGCGCGGGCUUCGCGAGAAGGGUGUGCGGAGUGUCAUCGUCGGGGACCUCACGGAGGAGUGGUUCGUGUAUGGGAUGACGCACCGCGUUCACAGCUACGCGGACGUCGAACUGAACCUUCGCAAGUACUACCCGAGCGACAUCGUGACGCGAAUGCUCCAGUGCUAUGAGCGCCCGGAUGAUACCCCGGAUGCGCUGUUUAAGUUCAUGGGUAGGGUGCUGUCGGACGGGCAGGCGCACCUACCGACGAGGCUGCUCGCAAGGGACCUCAUCAACGCGGGAUACCCGGUACUGCGCUAUGAAAUUGGGUGGCUGCCUGCGCGCGUGCUGCGCUCUGGAGGCUAUGUCAGUCAUGGGCUUGACCGCGUCAUUUGGGCCUAUCGCGAGGCGCUGCUAGAGCAAUCUGAAAUCCCCGUCGUCCUUGGAUGGCUCGAUGCGGUCAACGCUCAAAGAGCCGCUAUCGAAGCUGGUAGCAGCAAUGAAGCCAGGAACAUGAAGAGGGUGUUUGCUCUCAAGGAUGGGUGUGCGGGCUGGAAGGAUGACACUAGAUGGGACGAUAUCAUGCGCUUGACUGUCGCCCUUCCCGGCGAGUAGCGCUCGAGUUGCUCGGCGGCGAAUGUGGGACAUGUAACACCAGUACUGCAAAGAUGUACAAUGCCUUCGUGAGACCACACUGACCUUCGCGAUGAAUUCAUUGGCGCAAUUCCACUUCAUCUGCUAUUCUUCGUCAUGCGUACAGACCGACCCUACCGAAGAGUGGCCAAGCGCGUCGCUACCAAACGUAGAUUGUUGCCUUUUGCAAGGCGAUCGGCUUCGAAUCUUCAGCUUUGUGUCAGGGUAAGACCAUCCACAGUAAUUGGACAGUCUCGCCAUGGAUGAAAUGACUUGCUACAUUUGCUCGCCGGCUCUUCCUCGGCAUGCUGAAUGUCCGUCGCAAGCGUAUGUACGUUCUGGGCAUCAUACAGGGACAUCGUACAAC